AUGGGAUGUGAGAAAAGAAGUGAAACUGCCACAGCCUAUAUUCCUGGUCAAUUCACCUAUUUCCUUAUAACUGGAACCCUAAGUUUGCUUGGAGGCUUCUCAACCGAGUUUGUGAGCAAGGCUUACAACAUUACCAAAGAUGAAGCAUACAAAAUCACCAAAAGCCAGACUGGGGUUUUGAUCAUCAAGGUGGGUGAAGAUGAGAAUACCAAAAUACCCAAGCCCAGUGAAAACUCCACCCACAAACCAGUCCACAAAAUCACCAGUGCAACAACAUUGACUGAGAAGGAGUUUCCAUUUCUCAAAGAGGCUGGGUUAAGUGCAAGCCUGAUAAAGCUUGAAGCCAAUGCAAUUAGCUCCCCAACUUACACAACUGAUGCUACAGUUCAAGUAGGUUAUGUUGCUGGAGGGAGUGGGCAGAUUCAAAUUGUGGGUCUUAAUGGCAAACUGGCCUUGGAAGUCAAAGCUGGUGAUUUGCUUGUGGUUCCAAGCUUCUUCAUGGUGGCUAAACUUGCAGGGGAAAAUGGAUUGGAAAGUCCUCACAAGUUCCCAGCCUGUCCUAGAAGACUUAGCUGGGAAGACAUCAGCAUUGGUGGCAUUAUCACCAGAAAUGUUACAAAUAUCCCUUAA